AUGGCAGCGAAUGCGCUUACUUUAAAAUUUGUACAAAAUGAAGGUUGGUUGAACUUUUUCGAGAAAAAAUUGCUAAUUUUACUACGGUAUGCGAAAUUCGUGCAAUUAUGCGUCGCUGUGUUUGCACACCUGAUUUUUAUUUUCACUGUGCCCGGAACGCGACAACAGAGAAAAUGUUUUGCCUCUACCCUUUUCUCAUACUCUCUCGUGUGUCUUUUUUUCUCUCUCGUCUCUUCACAACCCCACACACUCUCGCUGAAAACUGACUUUUGAAUAAAAACCGCAAUUUGAAAGCUUGAAACUCGGAAUUUCGAAGAAGUAAGAUGAUGAUCAGAAAGAGGAAGAGUAGUAGAACGCAGAGAUAUGAAAUUCACUCAAAAAAGUUCUGGAAACGGCUUUCAAACACGGGUUUGAAAAAAGUGAAUUUCUAUUUUUCAAUUUUUUUCAUCCAAAAAUGAAUUUUUCCAAAAUUUUCGUAAGAGAUCUUGUAGAGAAGGUUAAGCUGGUUAGAUUCCAAUAUCAAAGUCUUAACAAUGAUAGCUACUUCAUGAAAUUAUCGCUCUCAAAGUUUCAUACAUGGGCAAGUUUGGCAGAAAACCAUGAGUUCAAAUGAACAUUAUUUGAAAUUGUGUUUUAACAACAAUGUAAUAUAGGUCUUCCUCUUUCAAAUGAUGUAUAAAACUUCAGCUUUUUGGAAAUAAUUCGAUGAGAAAAUCCAGAUUUGGUUUCAGAAGUUUUUUUCCCCAGAAAAAAAAGAAUGGCCGAGAUUUUUUGUUCUGGCCGAACUAAUCGGAAACUCGGCCAUUGUUGCGCUCAGGGCACAGUGUAUUUUUUUUUAUUUUUGAGCGUUUUCAGUAUUUACAAGGCAGUUUCGGCGAACUCUGAAAAAUUUCAACUAACUUUGAAAUACCAUCUGAUUCGUCUUGUUGAGAUAAAUCAGGAGAACUAUGUAAUUUUCUCUGAGACGCUUUCUCAAAAAAGUUGGAAGCGAACAACUAAUUUUAUAGGCGCACAUAAUUUUGAGCCGGUCUUAAAACGAUAAAGGUUUUCCCAGUUGAAAUUGUUUUUUACAGUUUCACAACAAGAUCAAAAGUCAGAAGAAGCUUCAAUCAAAAGAUGCGAAGAUUUGAUAAUUUCAUAUGCCAAAAAACUGGCAGCUGAAAAUGACUCAAUCGGAAUUCAAACCCUAAUGACAUCGAUCAAAUCAUUCUACGAAGUUUUGGGAAAAGCGAGAGCAAGUAAAUUGAUUCGAGAACUCGUUGAAUUGUGUUUAUCGAUUGAUCAAGGCAAAGCUGAGAAGAUCAAGGUUUUGACGGAUUGUAUUGAAUGGGCCACGUCGAAUCAUCGAGAAUUUUUGAGAAGAAAUAUGCAAGCACGACUUGUUCGAUUGUAUAAUGAAGUUGGCGAAUAUACAGAGGCUCAGAAAUUGGGUGAGUUUGAGUUUUUUUGGUGGACAUUUGAUUUUUGGAUGAAAAACAACAAUUUUCAGCUCAUACUUUGAUCUCCGAAUUGAAAAAAUUAGAAGAUCGUGAACUUCUAAUGGAAGUCGCAUUGGAAGAAAGUAAAAGUUCAUUUUACUUGAAAAACUUUGCCAAAGCAAAAUGCUCUUUGGUUCUCGCGAAAACAUCAGCAAAUGCAGCAUAUGUUACACCACAACUUCAAGCAGCAAUCGAUCUCCAAUCUGGAAUUUUAUAUUCCGCCGAGGAAAAAGAUUUCAAAACUUCGUAUUCGUAUUUCUACGAAGCAUUUGAAGGGUUCAACCAAAUGAAUGACAAGAAAAAUUCGAUGAAAUCGCUGAAAUAUAUGAUUUUGUGCAAAAUCAUGUUGAAUGAAACUGAACAAAUUGAAGGAAUGAUGGCUACAAAAGAAUUUCAGUCGGUUAAAGGAAAACCGAUUGAGGCGAUUCGAGCAAUGGCUGAUGCAUUCAAGAAAAGAUGUUUGAAAUCUUUCCAAGAAGCAUUGACAAAAUAUAAAGAGGAAUUAGUUGGAGAUCGAGUUGUAUCAGUUCAUUCGAUUAGUUUGGAAGAAAAUAUGCUGCAAAAGGAGAUUUCGAGAGUUGUUGAGCCGUAUUCGGAAAUCGAAUUGUCUUUUGUUGCCAGGAAAAUUGGAAUGACUGAACCGCCGAUUGAAAGAGCUAUUGCUAAAAUGAUUCUUGAUCGGAAAUUGCUUGGGUUAGUUUUUUUCCUAAUAAAAAUGUUUGGAUUAAAAAUUUCUAAAUAAAACCGGGACUUUUGUGAAAACUGAAUUUUAGAUCUCUUCUCUUUGAACUCACUAAUUUUAAGUAUUUCUCAGAUGUAUUGACCAAAGAUCUGGAACAGUUAUAAUUUAUCCACCAGCAACAUCAAAUCGCCCAUUUAUUCGUGCAAUGACAACAAUUAAAGAAAUCACCAAAUCAGUUGAUGCUUCUUAUCAAAAAGCCAACAAAAACUUGAAGUAA